GCCGCAGCCUCGGCGCCUGCAGGCCAGGAGGAGCGUGGCGCGGGUGCCUCCAGACACAAAGAGCGGCUGCAGGACGCGAGUGGGAGAAGAGCGCCCGCGCGCGCCCUUGGCCUGUGCGCGCGCAGGCGGAACCGGAGACGCCCCCCCGCCCAGCCUGCGAUGGGAUGGACGAAGAGGAAGAGAGCCACUAUGUCUCGCAGCUCAGGGAUGUCUACAGCAGCUGUGACACCACGGGGACAGGCUUCUUGGACCGGGAGGAGCUGACCCAACUCUGCCUGAAGCUUCAUCUGGAAAAGCAGCUGCCCGUCCUUCUGCAAACACUUCUCGGAAACGACCACUUUGCCAGGGUUAACUUUGAGGAAUUUAAGGACGGUUUCGUGGCCGUCUUGUCAUCACAGGCUGGUGUCGGCUCCUCAGAUGAAGACAGUGGGUCUUUGGAGCCAGGUGCCGCCCGGGCCAUCCCCCCAAAGUACGUGAGCGGCUCUAAGUGGUAUGGCCGUCGGAGCUGGCCCGAGCCCUGCGACGCUGCAGGUGGAGACCAGUGUCUACCAGAGCAGCCUGCCAGGCCCAGUGUGAGAAGCCAGCUCCGCCGCUCCGCGUCCCUGGAAAGUGUGGAGAGUCUCAAGUCCGAUGAAGAAACCGAAAGUGCGAAGGACCCUCAGAAUGAGUUGUUUGAAGCACAAGGCCAGCUGCCAGCCUGGGGUUCCGAGGUCUUCGGGAGCCUCCGGAAGCCCUGCAGCUCCUCCUUCGACACCCCCGAGAGCCGGGUCCGGGGCCUCUGGGAAGAGCUGGGUGUGGGCAGCAGCGGUCACCUCACCGAGCAGGAGCUGGCCCUGCUCUGCCAGAGCGUCGGGCUCCAGGGCCUGGAGAAGGAGGAACUUGAAGACCUGUUCAACAAGCUGGACCAAGACGGCGACGGCAGAGUGAGUCUAGAGGAAUUCCAGCUUGGCCUGUUCAAUCAUGGAUCCCCUCAACUUUUGGAAUCUUCCACACUUGUCAAACCGAGCGGGUCCUGGUCUCAUCACCAGGUCCCAGAGGAGGGUGGUGGCCAGACCACCACGUCAUCCCUCGUGCCCGUGAGCUCGGGCCCGCGCCUCUUGUGCAGCGUGGACGACGGCACCGGCUUCGCCUUCCCGGAGCAGAUCGUCACCCUGUGGGCCCAGGAGGGGGUGCACAACGGCAGGGAGGUCUUGCAGAGCCUCGACUUCAGUGUGGAUGAGAAGGUGAACCUUUUGGAGCUGGCCUGGGCCCUUGAGAACGAGCUCAUGAUGGUGGGCGGCGCCACUCAGCAGGCAGCCUUGGCCUGCUACCGCCAGGAGCUGAGCUUCCGCCAGGGGCAGGUAGAGCAGAUGGCCAGGGAGCGAGACAAGGCGAGGCAGGACCUGGAGAAGGCGGAGCAGAGGCACCUGGAGUUUGUGAAGGAGACGGACGACCUCCACUCUGCCCUGGAGCAGCUCGCAGAGGAGAAGGUCAGACGCCUGGAGCAGGGGUACAGGGGGAGGCUGAGUCUCCUGCGGUCCGAGGUGGAGGUGGAGCGCGAGCUGUUCUGGGAGCAGGCCCGGCGGCAGAGGGCUGCGCUGGAGGAGGACCUGCAGCGCCUUCGGGCCGAGGAGGCCAGCCUCCGCCAGAAGCUGACCCUGGCCCUGAAGGAAAACAGUCGACUGCAGAAGGAGAUGAUUGAAGUCGUGGAGAAGCUCGCAGAGUCGGAGAAGCUGGUCCUGAAGCUGCAGAAUGAUCUGGAGUUUGUGUUGAAGGACAAGCUGGAGCCACAGAGCACGGAGCUCCUGGCCCAGGAGGAGCGGUUCUCAGAGGUCCUGAAGGAGUACCAGCUCAAGUGCCGGGACCUGCAGGACUGCAACGACGAGCUGCAGGCCGCGCUGGAAGGCCUGCGGGCACAGCUGCCCCCGAGUCGGCACGGCCAGCUGCCCCCGGGACAUGGCCCGGCAGGCAUUGUCACGUUUGUGGGUAAUUCCGUCCCAGUGAGUAUAGAGACGGAAAUAAUGUUGGAGCAGGUGAAGGAACGUUACGAAGACCUCGAGAUCCAGCUGGAGACCAAGGUGAAUUACUAUGAAAGGGAAAUGGAGGUGACGAAAAGGGCCUUUGCGGAGGAGAGAAAGGAGCUGGAGCGGGCCUUCAAGCUCGAGGUUGGCGUGCUGCAGGGUCAGAAGGCCGAGCUGGCGACGCUGCACCAGGAGUCGCAGGAGGUUGUCCGAGGCCUGCGGGACCGGCUGCAGCGGGCAGUGGAGCUGGAGCGGGGCCACGCGCGGCAGCUGGCCCAGGAGAGGGACCAGCUGGAGGAGGCGCUGCAGCGGGUCAGAAUCAAGUUGGAUAGGCUUUCUGAAGAAAACACGUUUUUGAAAAAUGAGCUGGCAAGGAUCCAGCAAGAGCUUGAAGCUGCAGAAAGGACAGAGGCUGCACAGAGGAAGGAAGUUGAGGUUUUAAAGAGAGAGAAGGAAAAGGCCUGCUCUGAGAUGGAAGAGCUCUGCACACAGAGUCAGAAAUGCAAGGACGAAUUGUCCCAGCUCAACCACAGGGUCCUGCAGCUGGGAGAGGAGGUCUCUACCCACCAGGCCCAGAGCAAGAAGAAUCACAUCACUGUUCAGCUGCUGACACAGAGACUGGAGGAGGCGGCGUGCCGGGAGGAGCUGCAGGAUAACCAAAUCCAAAAACUUGAACUUGAACUUGAACACGUGACUCAGGAACGUCAGAGCCUGAGACUGGCACAGUCACAGCUGAGAGAGGCCCUCGAAGAGAGUCGGGACCAGCUGCACGGGGCCACCAUGAGGCUGAGGCUGGCCCGGUCCCAGCACGCCCACGAGGUGCAGCAGCUGCAGGAGCAGAUGGAGCGGCUGGUGCCUCGGGGCCGCGUGGCUGAGCUGCAGCAGCUGCUGGAAGGGGAGCGGCAGGCGGCUCGGCAGCUCCGGGAGGAGGAACGGGAAGCACAUGAAAAACAGCUGAAAGCCGCAGAAGAGCGGGUGGAGGAGGUGGAAAUGAUUUUGAAGAACGUGGAAGCGCUCCUCCAAGAGAAAGUGCGUGAGCUGAAAGAGCAGUUUGAAAAGAAUACACGAUCUGAUUUGCUGCUCAAGGAGCUCUAUGUGGAAAAUGCUCACCUAACGAAAGCGCUUCAGGUCACUGAAGAGAAGCAACGAGGUGCUGAGAAAAAAUCCCGAUUCUUGGAAGAAAGAGUUAGAGCUCUCAACAAACUACUCAAUAAGAUCGCUUCAGCAUCUCUCUCUGUGUAGACUUUUCUUCCUGGAGUUCAUUUUGAAAGAACAUCUUUUAAAAGUAAACCACUGUGAUGCCAUAACUUCUAUGGCUCAUUGGCCACACACCCCUGGACAGAUGAGGAUUAUGAUUCUCUGUUCGCCCCACAAGCACUUAAUGAAGGUCGACUAUGUGCCAGAUGCUGGGGAAAACAGACAUGUUGGAAAAGACUACAUUUUUUUUUUAGUGGUCCCUAGGUAAAAUUCCUAAUUUUGCUGCUUACUAGUGAAACAGGUUAUGGGGGCUCUCAGCAAGGUAAAUGGUAAAAUAGUUUUAAUGUUUUACUUCUGACCUUGGCUACAGAGACUAAAAUGCAAAGUCAGGGCUCUGCAGUUCUACCAUUUCACUGUUGCUGCUCUGGUUGAGUCACUAGCAUUCUCCAUAGUGGGUGGAUACAGACACUCCAGAAAUGCUUGACUUCCUGUGACUGUCAACUGGCAAUGAGGGAUAGAGGAGGGGAAGCCCCUUUGUCAGGGUCAGCUCCACUGCAGGGAUGUCUGGACAGUGCUUGUUAUUUUAGGACUGUGGACUCAGGGAGGAUGGUUUCUAUUGUGAAUGCAAUCUUUCCCUCAUUGAAGUGUCAUCACACUGGAAAGUAUAUUAUUUGUAAAAAAAAAAAAAAAAAAAGUAUAGUUUUAUAUCCAAAAUAUACAUAAAUUAUGGCCAUUUGGUUUAUCAGAAUAAACUACUGUAAUAUGAAGAGUCACUG